CCCAGCAGCAGACCGAGCGCACGCACCGCCUCCAGGAGACGGAGGAGGCGCUGCGCCGCGAGCUGGCCGACGCUCAGAAGAAGGCCGACCAGCAGGAGGCGACGAUCUCGUCCCUGAAGGACCUCUGCUCCACGCUGGACACGCAGCUGACCGACAUGGAGCAGCUGCUGAAGAAGCAGGAGGCCGACACAGAUAAGCAGGAGCAGAACAAGUCGGCCCUGUCGGACGAGAUCGCGCGCCUGCAGACCGAGCUUCGCUCCGCCAAGGCGGGCGCCAACGAGGAGAAGUCGCUGAAGCUGUUCCAGGAGCGGCGCGUCCAGGACCUGGAGCGCCGCCUGCAGGAGCAGGAGGCCGACGUCGAGACCGAGCGUGACAUCCUGAAGAAGGACCUGGACGAGUACCGCGAGCUGUCACACGGUCUCACCAACCAGCUGUCGCAGCACGACCAGCAGCUGUCGGAGGCGCAGACGCAGCUGCGCCAGCUGGAGCGGCGCGAGGAGCAGACGCUGCGCGAGAUGGCCCGGCUCAAGGAGGAGACGUCCGGCCUGCUCACGCAGAUCCACUCGCUCAAGGACUCCAACUUCCAGCUGACCGAGGCGCUCGAGAAGGCCGUCGACCGCGCCGAGGCCUUCAAGGAGAGGAUCGCCGAGCUGGAGGGCGUCAUCUCGGAGAUGCAGCUGAGCUACGACGAGAAGGAGCAGCGGCUGGAGGGCACGCUCGGUCAGCAGACCAAGCUGAUCGACUUCCUGCAGGCCAAGUCGGAGGCGCCGCCGCGCAAGAAGACGCUGGCCGACCGGCUGUUCGGUGAGAAACAGAAGGAGAACUGCACGCCCGUGCCGCUGAAAUACCGUGACCUGGAGCGGCUGUUGGAGCGAGAGCGCAUGCGCACCAAACAGGCCAACGACCAGCUGAACCGGGCCAGGGCCGAGAUCGUGUCCCUUACCAACAAAGUGCCCACCUGUCCGGACACGCCGUGCCUGGGCGGCACGCCGCAGUCGCGCCAGGCGCUCCGUCUGCUGGCGCAGUCGCCGGGGCGCAUGCACCAUAACAUCCCGCACCGGUUCGACACGGGCCUGAUGACGCGGGCCGCUAAGUGCGCCGCCUGCCUGGGCCCGGUGCGCUUCGGACGCACGGCCGCCCGCUGCGCCGAGUGUCACAUCACUGCCCACCCCAAGCAGUCGGACGCCUCGCCGGCCGUGCGCCGUGUCGCCGGGCCGCCCAAGCCGCCCCGACAGCCCUCCGAGGACACGCCCACCGCCGGCCGCGGCUGGAUCCGGGUGCCCAGGCCCGGAAAGGCCGGCUGGGAGCGUCGCUUCCUGCGCGUGGAGGAGGGCCAGCUGACGCUGUACGCCGAGGAGCCGUCGCCGGGCGGGCUGGCGCCGGCGCCGCUGCAGACCAUCGACCUCCGCUCGGGCCACGUGCACGUGGACGCCGACGUGGCGUACUCCGAGGUGCCGCAGCUGGCCCGCCGCGACCUGCCUUACGUGUUCAAGGUGGGCAUCGUGCAGGAGACGACCUGCUGGCCGGCCAAGUCGUACCAGUUCCUGUGCAGCAGCCUGCCGGAGAAGCAGCAGUGGGUGGGCCUGCUGGAGUCGCUGCUGAUGCUACUCGGCACGGAGGACGGCCUGUACUCGCUGUCGCUCACCGACGGCCGCACGGAGCGACGCAUCAAGGUGGACGGCUUCCCGCCUGUGCUCAUGAUGAGGGCCGUGCCCGAGGUUGACCAGCUGGUCUUCAUCGCAGCGGCCUCGGUGUCGGCCGCCCGACUGGACGCCUGGCGACUGGAGGGCCUGCAGAGCUGCCACCUACUGGCCGCCGGCGCCACCGGCGACAAGCAGGCGUUCGUGUGCGCCGCCUCCUCCAACCGCGUCUGCCUAUUCCGCUGGAGUUACGACCUGACCACCUACCAGCUGGUGAAGCAGUUCAGCACGCAGGAACCAGCCACCUGCCUGCACUUCACCUCCAGCUCCAUCAUCAUCGGCACCGACCGCUUCUUUGAGGUCGACCUCUGCAACUUUGCCAUUGAAGAGUUCCUGGACUCGUCGGACGCCAGCCUGGCGUACAUCGUGUACGGCACCAGCCAGAUGCGCUCGUUCCCGGUGGCGAUCCUGGCCGUCUCCGAGAAGGAGUACCUGCUCUGCUACCACGAGCUGGGCGUGUUCGUCGACCAGUUCGGCUCGCGCUCACGCAAGCAGGACAUCAAGUGGACCCGCCUGCCGUUGGCCUUCGGUGAGCUCACGGGCGAUGGCUCCGCUGGAGCAGACAGCUGA